CUCACGGCCGCCGCCAGGGAAGGACAGACGGACAGCUCUUCCUCCCAUUGCUAGCAGUUCCCAGGCACCUCGACUCGGCCCGGGCACAAGUGGAGCGCGCCUUGCUGGCCGCUGGCCUCCAGAAGGUCCCACUGCGUCCCCCUUGGGCUGGAUAUGUUCAUGUUCACGUGAAGAUGGAUUUAGUGUACGGUCUCGUGUGGCUGCUGACAGUCCUCCUGGAGGGAAUCUCUGGCCAAGGAGUGUACGCUCCCCCGACAGUUCGGAUUGUGCACUCAGGACUGGCCUGUAAUAUCGAGGAGGAGCGCUACUCCGAAAGGGUUUAUACCAUCCGGGAAGGAGAAACUCUAGAAUUGACCUGUCUGGUUACUGGACAUCCACGCCCACAGAUCAGGUGGACCAAAACAGCAGGAAGCGCCUCUGACAGAUUCCAAGAUUCAAGUGUCUUCAAUGAGACUUUGAGAAUUACAAACAUUCAGAGACACCAAGGAGGCCGAUAUUACUGUAAAGCAGAGAAUGGCUUGGGGUCCCCAGCAAUAAAGUCAAUCCGAGUGGAUGUGUACUACUUGGAUGAUCCAGUAGUAACUGUUCAUCAAAGUAUAGGUGAAGCUAAAGAACAAUUUUACUAUGAGAGAACAGUGUUCCUCCGAUGUGUGGCCAAUUCCAACCCCCCUGUGCGCUAUAGCUGGAGACGUGGCCAAGAGGUUUUGCUACAAGGAUCUGACAAAGGAGUGGAGAUUUAUGAGCCCUUCUUUACACAGGGGGAAACAAAGAUCUUAAAGCUGAAGAAUCUCCGACCUCAGGAUUAUGCUAACUACAGCUGCAUUGCUUCAGUGAGGAACGUAUGUAACAUUCCAGACAAGAUGGUGUCUUUUAGACUUUCCAAUAAAACCGCAUCUCCGUCAAUUAAACUCUUGGUGGAUGACCCUAUAGUUGUAAAUCCUGGAGAGGCCAUUACGCUAGUGUGUGUUACAACAGGAGGAGAGCCUACGCCCUCUCUCACCUGGGUCAGGUCCUUCGGGACUCUGCCUGAAAAGAUUGUUUUGAAUGGAGGGACAUUGACCAUACCUGCCAUCACCUCUGAUGAUGCUGGUACUUACAGCUGCAUUGCCAAUAAUAAUGUGGGAAACCCUGCAAAAAAGUCCACCAACAUCAUUGUGAGAGCAUUAAAAAAAGGACGAUUUUGGAUCACUCCUGAUCCUUAUCACAAAGAUGACAACAUCCAGAUCGGGCGUGAGGUGAAAAUUUCUUGCCAAGUAGAAGCUGUUCCCUCUGAGGAGUUAACAUUCAGUUGGUUUAAAAACGGUCGUCCAUUAAGAAGUUCUGAGAGGAUGGUUAUUACACAGACUGACCCUGAUGUGUCUCCCGGAACAACAAAUUUGGAUAUCAUUGAUUUAAAAUUCACGGACUUUGGGACUUAUACUUGCGUGGCCUCUCUGAAGGGAGGAGGAAUAUCUGAUAUCAGUAUUGAUGUUAAUAUUUCCAGCAGUACAGUUCCACCCAAUCUGACUGUUCCACAGGAAAAAUCACCUUUGGUCACCAGAGAAGGAGACACAAUAGAACUUCAGUGUCAAGUAACUGGGAAACCAAAACCAAUCAUCCUUUGGUCUAGAGCAGAUAAAGAAGUCGCAAUGCCUGAUGGGACAAUGCAAAUGGAGAGUUACGAUGGAACCCUCAGGAUUGUGAAUGUGUCAAGGGAAAUGUCAGGGAUGUACAGAUGCCAGACCAGCCAGUACAAUGGAUUCAACGUGAAGCCGAGAGAAGCCUUGGUACAGCUCAUUGUACAGUAUCCCCCAGCUGUGGAACCAGCAUUCUUGGAAAUCCGUCAAGGACAAGACAGAAGCGUGACCAUGAGCUGUAGGGUCCUGAGAGCCUAUCCAAUACGAGUGCUGACCUAUGAGUGGCGUUUGGGCAAUAAAUUACUACGGACUGGCCAGUUUGACUCUCAGGAGUAUACGGAGUACCCACUAAAGAGUCUUUCCAAUGAAAACUACGGAGUUUAUAACUGCAGCAUCAUAAAUGAAGCCGGAGCAGGAAGAUGCAGCUUUCUUGUUACAGGAAAGGCCUAUGCCCCAGAGUUCUACUAUGACACCUACAACCCCGUGUGGCAGAACCGACACCGAGUGUAUUCUUACAGUCUACAGUGGACACAGAUGAAUCCUGAUGCAGUGGAUCGGAUUGUUGCAUACCGCUUGGGUAUUCGGCAGGCUGGACAGCAACGUUGGUGGGAACAGGAGAUUAAAAUAAAUGGGAAUAUUCAAAAGGGAGAACUAAUUACAUAUAACUUGACUGAACUUAUUAAACCAGAGGCCUAUGAAGUCCGACUGACUCCUCUCACUAAAUUUGGUGAAGGAGAUUCAACAAUUCGUGUAAUUAAAUAUACGGGAGAAUUUCACUGUGGAUUUGAAGAUGGUAAUAUUUGUUUAUUCACCCAAGAUGAUACAGAUAAUUUUGACUGGACUAAGCAAAGUACUGCAACAAGAAAUACAAAAUACACCCCUAACACGGGUCCCAAUGCAGAUCGGAGUGGUUCCAAAGAAGGUUUUUAUAUGUACAUUGAGACAUCUCGACCCAGACUAGAAGGCGAAAAGGCUCGACUUCUCAGCCCUGUCUUCAGCAUAGCUCCCAAAAAUCCAUAUGGACCUACAAAUAGUGCAUAUUGUUUCAGUUUCUUCUAUCACAUGUAUGGGCAACAUAUAGGUGUUUUAAAUGUAUAUCUACGUUUGAAAGGGCAGACAGCUAUAGAGAAUCCUCUAUGGUCUUCGAGAGGGAACAAAGGACAACGAUGGAAUGAAGCCCAUGUUAAUAUAUAUCCAAUUACUUCAUUUCAGUUAAUUUUUGAAGGUAUUCGAGGUCCUGGGAUAGAAGGUGACAUUGCCAUUGAUGAUGUAUCCAUUGCUGAAGGAGAGUGUGCAAAACAAGACCUACCCACUAAGAAUUCCGUGGAUGGUGCUGUUGGGAUCUUAGUUCAUAUAUGGCUUUUUCCAGUUAUCAUCCUCAUCUCUAUCCUAAGCCCUCGAAGGUGACCUUAUCCUGGCAGAGGCUAUAAAUGAUUCACCAGGCACUGGCAUGAAGAAAGAGUCUUUGUAAAUGGACACUAAAAAAAAAAAAAACAAACUACCAAAGAUUCCUCCACUGACUACUGACUCAAAAAUUAAAUAAUAAAAACAACAUUUUUUAAGCACUGGGGAUAAAAAAAAAGACAUCAUGGAAAUAUAACUUAUUCCAAACUACAUAUAGAAGAUAUUCUUGGCCUGGGUACAAAAAAGCCCUUCAGGUGCUUUUGUGGCUAAAAUGAUUACAGCUUCAUCUGGUUGAACUCUGGAAAAAGAAAAUAAAAGAAAAAGAAAGAAAGAAAAA